AUGUCUGGUCGCAAAGAGUGUACCUGGUUGCGGCGGCUGCUGCUGCUAAUCUGCCUUGGACUACUUCCAGCGAGGGCUAUCACCAGUUCUGUACCAAAUCCCUGCCCAAGCAGUCAGGUGAAUGUCUACGGCGCUUGCAACCCCACUAUUGUGAACGUGUAUAAUUACCAGUGCGGGGGUCAAACGGGAAUUGUAUGCAAUCCUUCCAAUUCAGUGACUACUGUUGUUCCUAGUACUCCCGGGUGCCCCAACACUCCUCAAAAUCCUACAGUGGUUCCUAGUACUCCAGGCUGUCCAAAUACUCCUCAAUAUCCCACAGAGGUUCCGGUUGUUCCAAGUACUCCAGGUUGCCCAAACACUCCUCAAUAUCCUACAGUGGUUCCGGUUGUUCCUAGCACACCCGGUUGUCCCAAAACUCCUCAAAAUCCCACAGAGGUUCCGGUUGUUCCAAGUACUCCAGGUUGCCCAAACACUCCUCAAUAUCCCACAGAGGUUCCGGUUGUUCCAAGUACUCCAGGUUGCCCAAAUACUCCUCAAAAUCCCACAGAGGUUCCGGCUGUUCCUAGUACUCCCGGUUGUCCCAACACUCCUCAAUAUCCUACAGUGGUUCCGGAAAACCCAGUUACAGUCACUCCCAGUUACAAUGCUAGCUCAACACCUCAACCAACAACCACUCCUCCAAGUGUUACUGAACACCCAGCGCCUGCACCUCAACCAGAACCAACGCCAUAUCCAGCACCACCACCACAAAUCACGCCUCCUCCGACCCCAAUCCCAGUCACUACGCCACCACCACCGGCUCCCAUUAUGCGAUGUCCAGAGGGAACACUCUUGGUGAAAGGUGUCUGCCGUCUACUUUUCUGCGGAGAAGGUGCCUUGUACUCCGAAGGUCGCUGCAUUCGGACCCGCUGUCCGGCCGGAUAUGUUUGGACGGGAAUCCGGUGCUCGAAACCACAGCCACUGGAGCUCGGUAACAUCCACAUAGAGAACACUAUUCACCAACUGCCUGGAGCUCUGCCCCACCUGAUCACAAACAAUGUCAACAACGUCAAGGUAAAUGCCUCAAUCGCAAUCCCAGGCCAAGUCUCUGAGGAGGAAGAGGAUCAGGAGGAAGUGCUGGCGCCGCAUCCGCCUUCAGGGCCCUGCUGCAAAGUAUUCGCUCCUCGGGUCUGCACCAACCAGGUGGAUCAGGUCGGGUACAAGUGCUUCAGCAGGAGCCAGCAGCAGUGCGGUUCCUUCUGCAGUGCCAACAAGGUGGUGCUCGCUCCGCCAGCAGUUGCCACCUGGACGCAGUCCAACAACCAGAUGGUGGUCGUCCCUCCCAACUGGGCAGCUCAAGGCUGCUAUUCCACUUAUGGCGCUUGUCAGCAGCCUCAGAACUUCUAUGACUGCAGUGGCUGUGCGUUGGGUGAAUCUUCGACCUGCUCCUCGUACUGCUACUCCUACAAGUGCAGCACCCACAACUGUGCCUACUAUGACCAGGCCCAAUACUGCUCCCAAUACGCUGGUCAAAUCGGAUGCCGGCCGGAAGAUGGAUGGGUUCCAAGCGCCUAACACUC